AUGGCGGGCUAUCAAGAGUUAAAGAGGGAGAGCUACAAAAUUACGGGCGACCCAAAGAAGCCUGAUGGUGCUCCAAAUUCCUACGUGAAAAUGACAUGUGCAAGGGCCAACUUUCGAGCAGCUGGCUGGAAGGAUGAUGAUUUCAGAAAGCCAUUGAUUACGAUUGCUGCCCCGUACAGCAACAGUAUGCCUUGCAACAACCAGUUUCGAGACCUGGCAGACAUCCUGGCCGAAGAGGUGGAGAAGCUGGGUGGCAAGGCUCACUUUUGCUUCACGCCCGUGAUUAGCGAUGGUGAAUCGCAGGGGUGCAAAGCCAUGAGAUAUUCUCUGGUCAGCCGUGAGGUGAUCACGGACUGCAUUGAGGUUAUGCACGAGGGCUACCAUGCCGACGCCAUUAUCACGCUGGGCGGCUGCGAUAAGAGCGUCCCCGCUGCGGUGAUGCCACUGGCCCGCAAGGACUUGCUGGGUUUAUCUCUGUUUGGUGGACCUGCACUGCCGGGCCUUCAUCCCGGAUGCUGGAAACGUGGAGCGGAUGGCGAGGUGGUGGAGCAGGGCAAAGCGCUGGAUCCAGGGAAGGUCAUGGAAGCCAUCGGUGCCUAUGGUCAGGGCUUGAUUGACCUGGAGGAGUUGCAUCGAGCAGAGUGCCAUGGACUUCCAGGGAGUGGAUCUUGCAGUGCAAUGUUCACUGCAUGUACCAUGGCUUCUGUGGUUGAAGCCUUGGGUAUGGCCUUGCCUGGUACGGCCAGCAAGCCCGCGGCGACGCGGGACGAUCCUCGUUCCGUGACGGAACGGAAGCGGCAGGACUGCGCAGCUGUCGUUGCAGCACUUUUUUCGCUGGCAGAGAAGGGGUUGUCAGCACGGAAAAUCAUUACGAAGAAGGCUCUGGAGAAUGCCGUCGCGGUCGUUUAUGCUUUGGGUGGCAGCACCAAUGCCGUUCUGCACACCCUUGCGAUCGCGCACGAGGCUGGCAUACCAGAGAGCGAGUUCAACAUCGAGGAUUUCCAUCGAGUUGGCCAAAGAGUGCCUCUCAUCGGGAACGUCUCGCCUCACGGAAGAUAUCACAUGAGCGACCUGGACAAGAUCGGCGGAGUACCAGUCGUCAUGCGGGAGCUGCUGGAUGCUGGCCUUGUACAUGGGGACUGCAUGACAGUGACUGGCAGGACGGUGGCCGAGAAUCUCGCGGGCACACCUUCUGUGGCCGCUUUGGGACUUCAAGACGUCUUGUAUCCCGUGACCAAACCCUUGGCGCCAGCAGGAAAUCACAUCUUGGUGUUGAAAGGAAAUCUGGCUCCAGAGUCUGCUGUUUGCAAGCUCUCGGGGAAGACAGACAUCGAGCUUACGGGUCCUGCUCGCUGCUUCGACGACGAGGAUGCUGCCUUUGAAGCGAUCAUGGCUGGAAAGAUACAGAAGGGUGACGUUCUGGUGAUCCGCUACGAAGGUCCAAAGGGAUCUCCGGGGAUGCCAGAGAUGCUCAGCCCUGGAUCGGCCUUGGUGGGCGCUGGGCUCGGAAAGCAUGUGGCCUUGGUCACCGAUGGUCGCUUUAGUGGUGCUUCCCAUGGGAUCAUGGUGGGCCACGUGACGCCGGAGGCUGCAGCUGGCGGACCCAUUGGCCUUUUGGUGGAUGGUGACAUGGUGACCGUGCGCCCGGCGCGGCGCGAGCUCUCCGUGGCGCUCUCGGAGGAGGAGCUGGCCGCCCGGCGCCGCGAGUGGCGCGCGCCGGCGCCGAAGCCGGGAUCCUUUGGCACGCUGGGAAAGUAUGCAUCACAGGUGAGGUCAGCCCAUGUUGGAGCAACAACAUCGUGA